UGAUACAACGACGGGGCUGUGCUCCCUAAUGCAGUGGGCUGUGCAGCCAGAACCCAGGGCUGUCAGUACGCGUCCAGCCGGGUCCCUCGACCAUCCUCCGGUGCUAUGGCCGCCCCGCCGCAGCUGCGGGCUCUUCUCCAGGCUGUCAACACGCUGCUGCGCAAGCGCCGCUACCAUGCUGUGUUGGCCGUACUUAAGGGCUUCCGGAACGGGGCUGUCUAUGGAGUCAAAAUCCGGGCGCCUCAUGCACUGGUCAUGACCUUUCUCUUCAGGAGUGGCAGUCUCCAAGAGAAACUGCAGGCCAUCCUGAAAGCCACAUACACCCACUCUUGGAACCUGGCCUGGUUUGUGUUCACCUAUAAGAGUCUCUGUGCCCUACAGUCCCAUGUGCAAGGCGAGACCCACCAGAUUCACCCUUUCCUGGCAGCCUUCAUCGGAGGUCUCCUGUUGUUUGGAAAGAACAAUAACAUCAAUAGCCAGAUCAACAUGUACCUGACGUCACGUGUCCUGUUUGCCUUGUGCCGCCUGGGUGUGGAGAAGGGCUACUUCCCUAAGCUCAAGUGGGACCCGUUCCCCUUGCACACGGCAGUGAUUUGGGGGCUUGUGCUGUGGCUCUUCGAGUAUCACCGGCCCACUCUGCAGCCCUCACUGCAGUCCUCCAUGACCUACCUCUAUGAGGACAGCAACGUGUGGCAUGACAUCUCAGACUUCCUCAUCUUCAACAAGAGCUGUCCCUCCAAGUAACAGCCCACGGUGCUUAAGGAACGCCUCUGCCCAGACAGCUUCCAGGCACUGUCCCACUGCUGCCCAGAGUAUGUCCUCUCAACACACCGUUGUGGAGGAUCCUGCCUUCUCAAAGUCAUGGGCCUCACACUCCAACUCGUUCUACCCCAGCCAGGGUUCCAUCUGCUGAAGUAAAAGCCCUGAGUGUGCACCUGUCAGGUACUUUUGAAUAGUCUAGGUAGCAAGUGGUACACUGAGGAGUCUGGGGCUUGACUCCCGCUGCUCCUCCAACUUCUGUAAGGCCAGGGCAAGUUGCACCCUCCCUGGGCCUCAGCUAUUCAGUUCAGGGGAGGCCCCUUAGAGAAGAGUUUCUUUCUGGUGGGUAUGACAGCCUUCCCCUGUGCUGUGUAUCAGAGGGCUCUUUGCUAGUGGGCAACAGGUUACAAAUACCUUGGGGGGAUAAAAAAAACUAAACUAAACUCUUUGUGUAAGGCAUUCUAUUGAGACGUUCAGGAGCCCCAUUGUCCAGUAGAAACACAACAUGAGUUAUAUGUGCAAUUAUGAGUUUUCAAAAGCUGGAGGUACAGCACUUGCCAAGCUUGUGCGAGACCCUGGGUCCUAUCCUCAGCACUGAGAAUAAAACUUCCAGUGCCAGGCGGUGGUGGCACACACCUUUAUCCCAGCACUCGGGAGGCAGAG